CGCAAAGAGGGGUUGUUUGCAGACUACGUCAAUAAAUGGCUGAAAAAUAAAACAGAGGCAUCGGGCUGGCCCAAGAAUUGUACCACAGAGGCAGCAAAGUCAGAAUACAUCAAUGCUUACUAUGACCGUGAAGGUGUGCAGCUGGAGCAUGCAAAAGUAGCAAAAAAUGGGGGACGGAAACAAGUGGCAAAACUUAUGUUGAACUCGUUAGUAUCUUUUGUUUCGUAGCAUUUUACUUUGCAGGAUGAAAAUCGUUGAAUACUUAAUCUUAUGUCUUUUCUAUUUGCUUUUCCAGCUUCUGGGGCAAAUUUGGUGAAAGACAAAACAAGACUCAAACCUUUACCGUCACAAGUCCUGCAGAGCUAUAUGCAAUAAUAGAAGAUGUUGGUAACAACAUUCACGACAUACGAAUUUGCACUGAUGAUAUAGUAGAAAUUGAUGUCAGUAAAGCUGUAGAAGAGGUCAUUCCAAGCAAUAAAAUCAACAUUUUUAUCGCAAGUUUCACCACGUCAUGGGCUCGCUUAGAGUUGUACAAGUAUUUACGGCUGCUGAAACAGCAGGUCCUAUACUUUGAUACAGACAGCAUCAUUUAUCUUUGGCGUAACGGUUUACCCGAAGUGGAGACAGGCCCGUUUUUGGGUCAGAUGAAAGACGAAACCGCUGGCGUACCCAUACAGGAGUUUGCGACAGGGGGUCCAAAAAAUUACACUUACAUGCUACAAAAUGGUGAAACAGAAUGCAAAAUACGCGGUUUUACUCAGGAUGAGCAGGGCAGUGCUCUGUUGAAUUUUGAGUCCAUGAAAAACCACAUUUUAGGUGCAAUCAACAACCCAGGGAAUGCACCACACCCCAUUGCAGUACCAGUAAGCAUCAACAUGAAAACAAAUAGAACCAACAAGAAAAUCUGUCUUACACCCAAAGUUAAGAAUUAUCGCCUUGUCUUUGAAAAACGAGUGAUUAACCCAGUGGACUGUAGCAGCAGGCCUUAUGGCUAUGAUUGGAUAGGCCAACACACCUGA